AUGGAGAAAUACGUUGCAUUAUCAGUAAAGCCUCUAUGGGAUAAAUACCAAUUCGUUGAAAGUAUUGAUUCUGGAGCAUUUGGAUCAGUUUAUAAAGUUAAGAAUACGGUUGAUAACAAAUUUUACGCUAUGAAAGUCUAGAAACUUAAGAAGAUAUUGACUAGAGCACCUAAUAAUUACAGUAAUGAGAUGGUGAGCAUCAUCCGUGAAAUCAACACAUUCAAGCUAAGCCAUCCAAACAUUACUCAAUUCCAUGAAUCAUACUUCACCUAUGACGAUCAAUUUGCUAUUGUCACUGAGCUAGCCGACCAAUGCUCAGAUUGCAAGCAUAAUGAUCCAGAUUAUAAAAGGUACAAUCCAUCUUCACAACCAAAAUGUCAUGCACAGAGAUUUAAGUCCUGA